AUGAGUGGGCUGCUCAAGAGGAAGUUUGAGGAGGUGGAUGAGGACCCGUGGUACUCCUCGCCCUCCUCCUUCUCCUCCGCCGGCUCAGGAUGGGACUCGGCGGGGGAGAGCUGCUACUCGGACACCCUGGAUUCCACUCCCAGCAACCCCAGCUCCCCGGCAACACAUUUCAACACGACAUCCAUCCUUAAGAAGGCCAAGCGAGCGCGGCGCGGGAACGUGACCUUUGACCAGGUGACGGUGUUCUUCUUCCCCCGGUGCCAGGGCUUCACCAGUGUUCCCAGCCGGGGGGGAUGCACCCUGGGCAUGAUGCAGCGGCACAGCGCGCUCCGCUCGUACACGCUGGCCGAGUUCGCCGUGGAGCAGCGGCUCCUGCGCAGGGAGAAGUUCCUCAACCGGCUCCGAUACGAAAAGCUGGAGGCUCUCAAGCUGAAGCUGACCAAGAACGGAACCCAAGAGAACGAGGAGGCGGAGCGCCUGACGGUGGACGACAUCCCCGAGCAGGACGUUGACAUCGGCGGGGCCAAUUUGGACGAGGGCUACUUCCUCCAGCCUUACCCGCCGAAGCGGCGCUACGCGCUGCUCAAAGCAGCCGGCGUCAAGAAGAUCGACAAGGAGGAGAAGAGGCAACUGCACGAGCUGAGAAUCUCCAGGGAGAACUGCGGCUGCGACUGCCAGGGCUUCUGCGAGCCCGAGACGUGUAGCUGCAGCCUCGCCGGCAUCAAAUGUCAGAUGGAUCAUUCCUCGUUCCCCUGUGGCUGCACCAAAGACGGCUGCGGAAACACCGGAGGCCGCAUUGAGUUUAACUCCACCAGGGUGCAGACGCAUUACAUCCACACCAUCAUGAAGCUGGAGCUGGAGAAGAGGCUGGAGGAGCAGUCGAGCACGGAGGAGGAGGAGGAGGAGAAGAAGAAGCAGCAGCAGCAGCAGCCAACCGCCUUGUCGGCGGUGCCGUCCUUCCCCUUUAGUUCCGAACUGGCGGCGCCCGGAGAGAACAGCUGCAGCAGCGAUAUGACGGACUUAUCGGACUCUUCUGGUCACAGCGACGACUCCGAGGGAGGCGAGGCCCGGCGUGAGCAUCUCACCCGGCUGGAUGUGGAUGAGAAAGGCCUGAGCCGCAUUUUGGGUUUCAGCGACGCGGGGAACGGCUCGAGAAGUAGCCGCAAAGAGCAGCAGCAGCAGCAGCCGUGCACGGAGGCUUUUAGUAGCUUCAGCAUGGUGGACUUUGCUGACGAGAAUGACAAUAUAGAAGCCACCCUAUUGGACGAUCACACGGACAAUCGAGCCACGACAAUCUCAGAACUCUUAGACGAGAACGCCAACCAGGGAAACGGCCUGUUCCACGGCAGCGGCGUGCCGCGCACGCCCUCGCCGACCGUCGACCGCUCGGCGAGCUACAACAUGGACCUGAGCCUCUCCUCGGAAUCCGACCUGGAGUUCUUUGACGGCUUCCCCUGCCUGGGGCCCAGCUCGCUCUACAACUCCCUCAAGGAGUACGAACACAUGGACAACUUUUUCCAGUUUCAGUUUCCCAGUUACCCCAGCCUCCCUCCGGCGGGCGACCCCGGGACCUGCCUCCUGGAGUCGCUGAUUGGCCUCUCCGAAUCCGUUCCAGAACCCCCUGCCACGUUUACGGACAAUCAGCUGUUGGAGGAAGCCAUGAAAUUGUCUGUGAUGGAGUCUGUGAAAGUUUGA